GCCCAUGUCAUCAGCUCUAUGUCUGGGAUAUAUAGAGAGAGUGCAGGCAGCACAGAAGCAGCAGCAGCAGCAGCAAAGAGAGGAUAGUUAGAGAUCAGCAGCAGAGAGAACCAGUCUGACAAGAAAUGGCUGAACCAAACCCUUCAGCAAUAGUCGGUUCACAGAUCUUCACUUUGGUUGUAUGGACGGUGCUAAGCACUACCAUGGUGGUCAUCGGGUCAAUGCACGUGGGGAAUUGCCCGAGGGAGCCCAACAUCCCCAUUUACCUUAUAGUGGCUGGUGCCUUCCAUCUAGUGGGGUUUUGCCUCAUUCCCUUGAAGAAGCCGGCAGAGAAAUUGGCAUACGCCCUUGAGAGCAUCAUUGGACUCUUCUCCUUCUGCUGGUUCAUUGCAGGUAGCGUUUGGGUCUUCAGAAUCUACCCCGAUGAUCCCAGAGCUUGUAACGAUCUGGUCUAUAAAUUUGCCUUUGGGAUCUUGAUCUUCGAAUAUAUCUUCAUAGCCUUUGUGCUUUUUGCUGUCUGCCUCUUUACAUGCUGCGCUGGUUGCCUGGCAUUUUCAGGUGCUGAGCGUAACGACAGCCAAUAACUGUUUGGUGCCAGUGCAUUAAAUACUGUACAGUCUGGAUCCAAAUUUCUGCCUAAUUGCUGUGGGGAUAGAAGAAAAAUGAAGCCCACCCUGUAUGGACAUGAUUUAAACGAAUAGCUCUUUGAUCCGAAAAUGGAAGGAUUUUCUUUUAAUAACGAAAUAUGUAUUUUUCUGAUACCUAAUCCUAUAUGGUGCAGCCCGGACCCUUACACUUUUACAGCCCGAUUUUCUUUUCUAUUCAGCACAAAGAAUGUUUUGCUAACCUGAGGUUAUCAGGGGCAAGUGAGUUGUAAUAUAUCUGCUUAAUUUAAGGUGGAACAGUAAAAGGGAUGGUGCUAACACAUAGAACAUAGAAUUAGACAUAGAAUUAUUCCAGCAGCAGGUAACAGAAAGAAGCCAGGUUGGUGACCAGGGCUUAUCCAUGAGGCACUGAAUAAAGGCAAACCCAUACUAGAAAGUUCAAGCCUGAUGAAUGGCAAUUUUUCUUUGUUGUUAAGAAUGGUGAGCUCAACAUAGAAGUAGAAACUGUGCCUCCAUUCAGCACUUAGGUACAAAUCUGAAAUUUCUGGUAGGGUUUCCUGCAUUAAACUUAAACUUUGUGGUCUUAUAUGGAUCACCAGGGCAUAAGUCAAUGCUACGGGAUUGGGGGCAUGCCACUUGGAAACAACUGAACCUGCUGCUUGUUUCUCUAUGCCCUAUCGCAAGCAGCAGCCAAUCACUUUCCUGUGGACAGGGAGGAAGCUUAUUUUUGUACAAUGGUUCCAAAACUGAGGGACACGUCCAUCUGGGGUGGGCUUGGAGCAGUGGUCAGGGGAGCUUAGUCUCAAGGCCAGUUACGGUGACAUUUGAUUAGAAGGUCCAUUUGAUCUCCUGCAAUCACCAAACAUCUCAUCUUAAUUUGGGGUUGGGAUUUGGGGUGAAAGUUUAUUUUUUUAUACUGUAUGUUAAUGGAAAAGCUGAAUAUAUGACCAUUAUUUCCAUAUAUAUGUAUAAACAAAAAGUUGAACUUGAACUGAAAAUGUCCAACAGCCAGUGCUGGGUCAUUAUGACUACAUAUUUCUUAAAAAGGAGGAAGGAGGCUUGAACUCACAUUGAGUGAAAUCCCUGUAGUGAUAUAAAAUUAAAUUGACCUAUCCAAAAUUAGCACAGAUUAACCAAAUAUAUCUCACCCAAUUCAUAGACAAUCCUCAAAUCCCCUAAUUUCACAUGACAUCCCUCCCAUCACCCGUUUCAUACAGAAUCUCUCAAAUCCAGUAGUCACUAACACUCUAUAACGCUGCUUCUCCUCCAGUCUCUCCCUGGUUCCAAGUUCAUGGAACUUCUAACCCGGGUGGUCCCUCUGAUAUCAAUGUGGGUGGAGUUGAAGGAUAUAGUAUUUUUUACCUGCACCCUACUACAUUGCACUGCAGGUACCCAUGAUUACCCAUCUUGGUGAAGACCUCUAGCAUAGUCUAUCCUGCUGUAUUAGCAUUCAACCACUUUUUCUAAAUGUUUUAAUAUAUAUUUGUAUAUAUGUACAGACCACAAGCAGUGCCACAAAAACUGAUUAGCUUUAAAGUACAAUGAGAGAUGUUCUACCAUCAGUCUUGGACUGGGCCUCCUCAAGCCUACCAGAGAGAACUUGACACCAAGGGCUCACUCUCACAACAUUAAAUAUAGAGGGUUCAAAAUGUUAUUGGUGUUAUAUUGCCAUAUGUUGGAAAUAAGAAAGGGCUGACGUAAAUUGACCUUGGCUGGGGGCCACUGGGAGAUCUGCUGGUAAUAUGGCAGGCCACUCCAGCUCUACAUGCCGUUAGAUUAAUAAUAUAAUGAAGGUGCCAGGAAUUAGACUUUUCCGCUUCCAUAACAAUCCAUUCUUAAAGAGGUACACUAUAUACAUGAAGAUGAAGUAGAAUCUAGGCAGUGGUUACAGAUAUAUAAUCAGCAAGUUGUGUAACCAUUUAUAUAAUAACUCUUAUCAGUAUCAACCAUCAAGUACUUUCUGUACUAUAUAAUCCCUAUCAUCGUUUGUACUACAACAAAUAAUACACAAAAAACGCACACACAAAGCCUAAUGUUAAAUGUUUUUAUAGUUUAUCAAAAACAUCACUAGAAAAAAAAUUGACCAUCACUAGAAAAAAAAUUGACCAUGGCGUGUUUUAGAAGUUUCUCAGACAAAAAGUCUUAUUUUAACAUUACACAGAGCACCUCCAUCUUUAAUGAGCUUUAUUGAGCCCCAGAAGUUGAUCCCUGUUGGAGGUUUCUAUAAAACACACUGUAAUGUCAAUGCAAUAAGUCAUAACGUUUCUACCAGGUCUAGUAACCCAUAGCAUCCAGCAGCAUUUACUGGCCUUCUUUUAAAACAAUCAUAUAAUUGAUUUCUUUGGGUUAAUAGAUCUGCCCAAACUUUGUGAUAUUCAUUACAUUACUCCAGUGGUUCCCAAACUGUAGGGCUUCUGGGAUGACCUGGAGCAGAGGAGAGAUGCCUGAAAUUUACUUGUAGUAAGCAUAUUUCUAUUUUCUUGUCCGAGAUAUUCCUGAAGGCCAAUCUAGGUCAACUAGGGUGAGAGUUAUGGUGAAUGGCUAUUUGCUAUCAAAGAGAUUAUUGGAUAAUCUUGUUAUGAGUUAAGGGGCCCUAAAUAGGGUCUGGAACUAAAACAGUUUACAGCGACUGCAUUACCUUCUUUGCUUGUUCUUAAAAGAAAUCCUCUUUGUCCUGAAUACUUCUUUAAAGUCUAGUAGUCAACUGAAUUGAGGUCAGACAAAGGAUGAUAAACAUUUCUGUUGGAUGUUGGAAUAUCUGUUUUGAAUAAAUUGACCAAAUUAUUUAAUGAACGACCAUUCUUCGGAACAGAUGGUAGUAUAUACAAGAAGUCUGUAGAAUGCUGAGGCAGGGUAGGUUCCUCAAGAAAAGACUCAGAAGGUCUUGACCAGUCUUCACCUUUUAGCCCCAGAUCAUGUUUUAUUGGCACAUUUAUAUAUUUCACUCUACUAGUAGUUUGGGAGAUUAAUUGCAACUGUGUCAAUGAAUUAAGGUGUUAAGACAAAAGUAUUUCUUCUAACUAGAGAGAAUAGAGAGUUAUUUAUCAAAAUCCGAAUUUAUCUCAUUAUUUUUUUAAAUAUACUCCAACCAAAUCCACACAGGUUAUUCCCCCUUAAUUAUCAGAAUAUUUCCUGUGCGGGAAAAUCUAGAAAAUUUGAAUCAUAAGAAUUUAACCACAAAGAACCACAAAAUCUUUGUAUUAUUGCACGAAAGCCAGCGCAGAUCAGGAUAUUUUCGGGACAUCUCCCAUUGACUUAU